CCCUUAGCCGGCCUAGGCGGUGCCAUCCCGUCACCAAACCGGGCGAUGGCCGAUCCCAAGUAUGCGGACCUGCCCGGCAUUGCCAGGAAUGAACCUGAUGUUUACGAAACAAGUGAUCUCCCCGAAGAUGAUCAAGCAGAAUUUGAUGCGGAGGAGCUAACCAGCAUCAGCGUGGAACACAUCAUAGUCAACCCCAAUGCCGCCUACGAUAAAUUUAAGGACAAGCGAGUGGGCACCAAAGGGUUAGACUUCUCUGACCGGAUUGGCAAAACCAAAAGGACCGGUUACGAGUCUGGAGAUUACGAAAUUUUAGGGGAAGGACUUGGCGUGAAAGAGACUCCUCAGCAGAAGUACCAGCGCCUGCUGCACGAAGUUCAAGAGCUGUCUACAGAAGUGGAGAAGAUCAAGAGCUCGGUGAAGGAGUCCACAGCGGAGGAGAAGCUGACCCCCGUCGCCCUGGCGAAGCAGGUGGCGGGCUUGAAACGGCAGCUGGUCUCCACCCACCUGGAGAAGCUCCUGGGGCCAGAUGCGGCCAUCAACUUAACGGAUCCUGACGGCGCUCUGGCCAAGCGUUUGCUCAUUCAGCUGGAAGCAGCCAAGAGCGCUAAAGCCACCCCGGCCAGCGGGAAGAGCCCUGCCAAAGCCCCAGCUGGCGCUGGGAACACGGUGACGUACGAGCUGCAUUCCCGGCCCGAGCAGGACAAAUUCUCUCAGGCUGCUAAGAUUGCAGAAUUGGAGAAGCGCUUGGCUGAGCUGGAAGCCACCAUUCACUGCGAACAGGAUCCCCAGAAUCCUCUGGCUGUUGGACUGCAGGGAGCCAGUCUUAUGGAAACAGUGGAGAUCUUGCAGGUGAAAGUCAGCACCUUGGACACGGCAACCCUGGACCAGGUGGAGGCAAGGCUACAGAGCGUCUUGGGAAAGGUGAACGAGAUCGCCAAGCACAAGGCAGCGGUGGAGGAUGCAGACACCCAAGGCAAGGUGCAUCAGCUCUAUGAGAUGGUGCAGCGCUGGAGCCCCCUGGCGAGCUCCCUCCCAGAGGUGGUGCAGCGCAUGGUUACUGUGAGGCAGUUGCAUGACCAAGCUAUGCAGUUUGGGCAGCUCCUGACUCAUUUGGACACUACUCAACAGAUGAUUGCUAAUUCCUUGAAGGACAACGUCACUCUGCUGACCCAGGUUCAGAAGACCAUGAAGGAGAACCUGGCGUCCAUCGAGGACAACUUUGCCAGCAUGGACGCACGGGUGCAGAAGCUUGCUAAGUGAAUCCCCCUUAACUCCGUCUACUGAGACCGGGCAGAAAAGGUUUGCCCGCUGGUCAAAUCUGCACUAACUGCUCUGUCCCUUCCCUACCUCUGUACCCUUUUUCUUGCACGCUGUUAGUGGGAGUUCAGCCUUCAUGCAGGCCAGUGGACCGAGUGCUCCGUGGGUUUCAGAGGGAGGACAGCUGCCCGCUCUCCUCCCUUCUUCCGAUGUUUGCUGUCCCCAUGGCGAUGCUGAUUGCAGAAGACUGCGCUGUGUUCCCAACAGUCGUGGCUAGGAAGGGACCCCAUCUUUGCCUAACUUCCUGGGGAGGUGCAUUCACUACUUGACCCAGGCACCUCUGACCUAGAAAGAUGUUAUCCCUCAGCCUGGCAUGGAGGCCAAUUGUAUUGGUGUAUAAUUAUUUACUGGCAUUAAACAGUUGUGCUUAACAUUU